AUGCAUCGGUCUUCAGCUGAAUCUACAAAAUACGAUGUUCAUGCGGAACGGAUGGGUCGGGAGUUGAACAUGAUGAACGACCUGACCCCCGAGCUGGGCAGGAGGAGGCGAGCGGCUUGGGGAGCGUACAAGAGCAUCGAGGAUGUAGUGAAGAAGAAUAGGAACACCCGGUUCCGUGCUCACUUCUUCAGCAACACCAUACUUCCUGCUUUGACCUAUGCUUCAGAAACCUGGGCACUUCGCAAGCAGGAAGAAAAUGCGCAAGAUCGCCGUCCUGAUGGUCAGAUUUCUUCACGAAGUCUUUCAAAGAAAAUUAUGAUGCUCUUCGUGUCCCACACGAAAGGAGGAACCACAGGGCUACUCUGGCACGCGAUCGAGACAAAUGGAAGAAUUACUGGCGUCCGCUCGACCACUUCGAAGAUCAACGGGAGUCAAGGUGAUCAAGGUGAUUGA